AUGUUGUUUAUGUCUUAUUUUAUUAAGUUGAUAAUGUGCUUGAUGCUGUUCUCAAUUGCCAGUGUGUAUAGUAACAAAAAACCAAAACACAAUACAUGCUCACCAGAAGAAUCCUGCUUGCCUCACUUUGAAUGUAAAGCUGUAACAAAUUUAACAUCAAAAGGAUUUUUGACUCAAGAUGAACGAGCAUAUUUAAGAACUAAAUUUUGCAAAAGAAUUAACUAUCUUGAUCAUUUUUGUUGCGACACUGAAUCUGAUCAGAAUAGUUCUUUAGAUUCUCGACUGUCUUCACACUUGCCUAGCGUACCAAAAUGUGGAAUAUAUUUUCAGGAUAAGAUCACUCUCGGGGAAAAUACUUUCAUUGACGAAUAUCCAUGGUAUGCCUUGAUCCAAUACUUGAAGCCGGAUAAUGAAAUUGAACAUCGCUGUGGAGGAAGCUUGAUCAAUAAGCGUUUUGUCCUUACUGCUGCACACUGUUAUAGAAGAAUUCCAAAGAAAUGGAAGCUAUCAAAAGUUAGACUUGGGGAGUGGGAUCAAAGAACAAAUCCUGACUGUCAAACUAUCGAAAAUGAAGUAAUAUGCAAUAAUGAUCAUCUGGAAGUUCCAGUUGUUGAGGUCAUUGUACAUCCAGAAUAUUAUUCACUUGGAGCUGCUCAAUACAAUGACAUUGCAUUGUUGAAAUUGCAACAAGAUGUUGAAUAUACCGCAUGGAUUAAGCCUAUUUGCUUGCCUUUAGAUUCAAGAAUUAGAACAACUGACUUUACAUCACAUAACUUAGAGGUUGCUGGAUUUGGAUUAACUGAAACUGGCUAUGCAAGUCCUGUUAAGAAGAGAGUUUAUUUGGAUGGAGUUGCUCAAGCUCAAUGUCAAAGGUCUUAUAGGACAAUAGGUGUGAGAAUCUUCGAUAAUCAGAUUUGUUUUGGUGGCAUGGAUGGAAAAGAUUCAUGUAAUGGAGACUCUGGCAGUCCAUUGAUGAAAUUCGGAAAGUUUCCACAUUCAAAGUUUUCACACUACAUGCAAGUAGGUCUUGUUUCCUUUGGUCCAAAAAAUUGUGGAACUGAUAAUUUCCCAGGAGUUUAUGUUCGUUUGGCAGACUAUAUGGACUGGAUAAUUGAUAACUCUCAACUAAACUAA